CCGCUCUUACUUCGUGUAUAUAUCUCCGUCAGCACGCAGGCCUAGGAAUUCUGCUGUAUCUUCGCGCGAGUGCAAUGGCAACUCUGGUAUAUUCCCGUUCUUUCGCUUGUCUACUCAAGCCCAUGCCAACACCCAUGGCUCUUCACCAUAGCAUCAAGAUGUUUCAGAAGUACAGACAGUGCAGUGAGAGUGCGGGUGUAAUCGGUGAGAAGGCAAGGUCAACUGCAGAGGAAUUCAAGAGGCAAGAAAAGGAGAAGGCUGAAUCUGCUACUCAUAGUGGUAAGGAAGCUCGGAAGGAAGUAAAGGAUGUGGUGAGCAGCGAAUCCCAGACCGACUCUGAGCUAGCCAAAGAGAAGUUCAAGGAGAACGUGGAGAAGGGCAGUUACGACAAGAUGGGGCGAGAGUAAUGGUGAACAUUUUGGCACAUAGAAUGUGAUAUUAGAAGGCAUGGUUGGAUGCUUAGUUGAAUUGGGUUGCAAUAUUUCAACUGAUCUGAGCACAUGAUCUGUGCAUAUUGGUUCCAGAUGAUGUCCAGCUGAUGCUCUAUAUAGGAUGGGAAAAAUGCAUCUGAGGGUUGUUUCAGAGCUGAGAAGCAAACACAACAGGGUUCAUUUUCGAUUUUGAAAUAGUGCAAUGCAGUUUGAUUGAUGAUCCAGUUGCAAGAUUCCGUAUAUCUACGUAUAUCUAUAUGUAUGAGUUGGGUCUGUUAUGUAAAUCGGUGCUGGUUGAUAAACUGAAAAAUAAGCUCUGAAAUUCAUUUGAGUGCUAAAAACUUCCAAAGUGCUGAAUGUAAUUUUGAAGUAAGUUUAGGAAUAUUUUAGUCAAAAGCCAAAAAGAAAUUUUAAUUA